GCAGAUAGAGUACUCAUGCAUAAAAUAAAUAAAUCUUAAAAAAGAAAGAAAGCAAAUAUACAUUGUAAGCUUUCAUUUUUGAAAUAGUUUCUGCCUUAUGUGUGUUUGUUGGUAACAGAGACUGACUGUGUAGACCAAGUUGACUUAUUAUUUAUCGGCUUGUUUGUCCAGUUAGUCAUUUGAGACACGGUUGGUCUUGGCUGGUCUGGACCUUUAUAUGUAGACCAGGCUAGCCUCAAACUGAAAUUCCCCUUCCCUCUGCCUCCCAAAGCCAGGACUAAGUAUGCACUACCAUACCUGGUUCGUUGACUUGAGCUCACCAUCUUUCUGCUGUAGAUGCCAAGAGUGCUUGGAUUUAGAGGCAUAUACCGUCGUACCUAGCACCCUUUGUGUUUUUAGGGAAUGUGUUUAAAUGUAGUUCAAUGAUAAAGUUCUCUGGGUGUUUCUUAGCUUUCAGAAUUCAAAUUAUAUCAUCAUAUAAUUGAAAACUUCUUAUUCUUGAAUUUGCCCUCAUUUAAGUAGGAAACCUUCAGGCUUCUAGAUGGCUUCAGAUCUGUGCCAUUGUCUGUCCCUACUUUGGCAGAAGGCAGGUUAUACCUAGUGGUAGUCAGGGCUGGUAAGCCCCUCUUAGAAUAACUGUACAGGCUUUGAUCACAAUCUGUGCAUGGUAAAGUAGACAUCAAGACCAUCAUACAGUGCAGAGUGGUGGAAAGAGAUUAACGAGAGAGAUAGAAAUAGACCCAGUAGAGAAAGAAAGGAGGAAAGUUGGGCAGUCCUUGCUAUGCCUGAGUCUCAGACCUUACAUUUAAACAUGCUAGCUUACCUUUCAGUGUAGUCUCGUAUCAUGCUAAAUGUACUCCUAAAUUGUUUUUCUUGUAUUGCCCUUUUCCCCACUUCCUGCAGGAUUUUUAAGAUUGCAAAUGUAUUUCACAGCCUGUAUCUGUCACAAUCUAUGGCAGCCAGAAGCACUUCUGGGGCCCAGUUGCCAACUGGGGUCUCCCCAUUGCUGCUAUCAAUGACAUGAAGAAAUCUCCAGAGAUUAUCAGUGGGCGGAUGACUUUCGCCCUCUGUUGCUAUUCUCUGACAUUCAUGAGAUUUGCCUACAAGGUACAACCCCGAAACUGGCUUCUGUUUGCGUGCCAUGUGACAAACGAAGUCGCUCAGCUCAUUCAGGGAGGACGACUUAUCAACUACGAGAUGAGUAAGCGGCCAUCUGCAUAGCAGUGCAAGGACCAGCUCUUGAAAGGGACAGUGCUCCAGCCACUGUUGCGGCCACAGAUCACGUCAGCAUGAAUAGUCGUGCUGAGGGGAAAACACGGAAGACUAUCUUUAAUGACCAUGCCAACAUUAUUGAAUAGCCAAGAAUCCCCAAACCAACUCUCGGCUGCCUUAUCAAUGCUAAACUUUAUUUGUCUUCAUCAGGAGUAGUUCAAAAUAUGCAGCUAAUUUAAUAAUUUUGAAUGAUGUUAUCUAUAGCAAUCUGUAGUAAUAUGUAUAUUAUCUAUUGGGAUUUGUGUAAUAAAAAAUCUAAGGGAACAAAACUUUAUAACUACAAGCACUUAAGUCCUCAAAAUUCUUGACUUUUUCUUUAAUGACUAUAGUAUAACCCUCAGUUGGUCACAUGUCUACACAUAAUUUCCAGUGAUAACAAGUAGCGGUGUUUUCCAUAUGUAAUUCAGAUCUGAACUUAAUGGCAAUAAAUGGUUUAAAUAUUUGCUA